AACCCCACGGCCAUUGCUGAUUGCUCCCUCCCUCCCUCCCUCCCUCGCUCUCGCUCCGCCUCCCCUCCCGGAUCCGCGGCGACCGCCCCGGGCCCCGGUCGGCGAGGCAGGGGGACGCCUCGUGCAGAUCCGUGGCGGCUCCGCCCGGGAUUCCUCCGGUUUGCGCGGGUUCCAGCCGUUCCAGCGGCUGAGGCGGGGUGUAAUUCUGGGAGGAGGACGGGCCAGGAGGCGCGCGGGUGGCGGAUGAGCGCUGGGAGGCCCCGCCGCGGCGCCUCGUAGGAGCUUCGCGCCACCGGCGCUAUGAUCGAGCAGUUCGUUAAUUUCGUCAUCCGGCCGCCCAGGUCAGAAUAUAAUCCAGAUCAGUAUUUAUGGGAGACAGAGUUCAUCCUCGCAGGACGGAAGUACAAACGACUAGACUUGGAGCUUGCAAAUCCGAGAGGCCAUACCUUAAAAUGCAGCCACUAUAUUCCUGCGUUCAUCCCAGAAAACACUGCCCUUCCAUGUGUGGUCUACUGUCACGGAAAUAGUGGAUGCCGAGCAGAUGCCAAUGAAGCCGCUGUAAUACUUCUCCCUUCAAAUAUCACUGUUUUCACACUUGACUUUUCUGGGUCAGGUCUAUCGGGUGGAGAUUAUGUCAGCCUGGGUUGGCAUGAGAAAGAGGACCUCAAAUGUGCAGUAUCAUGUCUGCGGACCAAUAAGCAAGUUUCCUGUAUAGGCCUUUGGGGGCGAUCAAUGGGUGCCGUUACAAGCUUACUCUAUGGAGCAGAAGAUCCCUCUAUUGCUGGCAUGGUAUUGGAUAGUGCUUUCACUAAAUUGUAUGACUUGAUGAUGGAACUUGUUGAUGUUUACAAAAUCCGAGUUCCUAAAUUCACGGUUAAGAUGGCUGUGCAGUACAUGCGGCGAAUCAUUCAGAAAAGAGCUAAGUUUGACAUAAUGGAUCUUAAUGUUUUAAAGUUUGCUCCCAAGAUAUUUAUUCCUGCAUUAUUUGGACAUGCUUUGAAUGACAUGUUUAUUCAGCCUCACCAUUGUGAUCGUAUUCACCAGGCAUAUGGGGGGGAUAAAAAUAUAAUAAAAUUUGAGGGUGAUCAUAAUUCCCCAAGACCUCAAUCAUAUUAUGAUUCAGUUUCAAUGUUCUUCUAUAAAACUUUGCACCCUCCUCAGUUGCCUGCAGCACGCUUGAAUAAGCUACAUAUGAGUGCUUUUAAAGUUGGUAACAUAACCAACGAGAGUUUGUUCUUUGAAAUCAUCAAUGGUUUACGGUCAGCUGACACUGCUGUCUGCAGUUCAUCAACAGAUGCACCUAACAUUCCAAAUGCUAGAACAUCUGUAGUUGAAUUGCUAUCGGAAAGCGUGAAUCAGCUGUCCAUUAAGAAUGAGGCUGACUUGGAUUUUCUUUUAGAUGAAAAUCAUAGCCUAUCUGAGAUGGAUGGGGAUAGUGUUGGAUCACGAUUGCAGGAUAAAACAAGUAGGCACAAUAAUGAGUCCUGUUCAUACACAAGCUCUAACAGAGAAAGUUGGGGCAGAUGUUCAUCUUUAGGAGCGGCCAGUGAUGGAUCAUUCUCAGGCGAUAAUAAUGAUAAGCAGGAGAAUAUGACCGUGAAGGCUUUGGCUACACCACUAAGACAAAAACAGAGGAAACCGGACCAGAAAACAAAGGAGAAGAAGAUCCAAGCACUGUGGAAGAAGCUUAAGCGCGAGAAGGUGGAGAUGGGGGAUAGUCUAUCUCAGCGUUUCAGGAUGUGCCUCGGGCAGUCUCCUCGGCACAAGAGGACUAAAUCGUCUGGAGUGAUCAUGACUUCAUAACCCUGACAAGUCUGCUUGGACCAAUGAUCCACCAACACGGAUUCGCCCCAAUUCUGACCUAAUGUCACUACCUCGUUGUAACCUGUAACCUUAGGUGAAUGCAUGUAACUUGACGUCACGUCGUGUCGCGUACCAGAUUCUGAAGAGCCGAGCACGCCCUUGUAUCAUCUCCUGUAAAAAAUUUGCCUGAAACAAUUGUAACUGCCAUCUCUGACUUGCUGUUACCUGUAACUUCCUUCCCCACUUGCACCUUGUAGAUUGCAAUGCUGCAAUGCAACAACAGCUUGUUGGUGAAAUGCAACGGAUUUGGUGUUAAAUUUUGUA